CUUAUUAGUCUGCACAAGCUUGAAAGACUCUCCCAAAGAAUGCACUCAAAGUUCACUUCCAAGAGCUACAAGUUAACUCUCUGUUUAUAAUAUGAAAAGAUUAGUACGAAAAUACAGCAUUUAAGUAGUUAACUGAUACUCUUCAAGAGACAGCUCAGUGAAAUGAGUAAAUUUAUUAUAUCAGCCAAAUAUAGGUAUAAUGGUUGAUCAACAGUAGUCCCUAGCUCUAUCUUAUUCAAUACUAUAAAAUUAUUUUUUUAACUACUAAAAACAGGCAAAUGUACCUUCUGAGUGAUUUCCGUAACUAAGAGGUUAAUGUUAUUAGAAGGCAUGCUAGUGGGUAUACAUGGAAGGUGAAAAAGGAGACAGCUGAUAGAGAAGAAGGUAUACUUCUUUGUGUGGAAAAGCAAUAUAUUUCAUCUGUGUCGCCACUGACAAUGCAUUUCAUUUUAACAAUAAACUAGAUAUGAAAUGAUGUAUGUUUCUAAUCCUGGUUCCUUCUCUUAAUAAAGGUAAACACUGGUAUGAACACAAGAUAUCAGAAAACCAAGGUCUCAAGAUAACUCUGAGUUCCACCUUAAAUUGCCAAGACACUGAGUUCUGUGUUACAGUGGACCUUAAUUUGAAGAAUUCUUUGGCAUGAAAAUGAAAAUAAAAACAGUAAUCAGUACAUGCUGUUUCAUUUAGUCCUGUUUGCCUUUCAUAUUAGAGGAAAUUCCUGCUGCACCUCAAACCAAAAUUAAAGGGAAAAGAAAGACGUAGGCCGCAUAAAUCUGACCAAGAACACAAGCAUUUUAAUUUGAGUCCACAAGGUCUGGGAUAGUGAAAAGAAAUAUAUAAUUUUAAUUCAAGUCAAGUGUUUUCCAAGCAGAUUAUAUUUGCUUAAAUUGCUAUAGUAAUUCAAGGGACAGCCCUGCCUGGACACACAGUUACUGUGGAUUUUUAAGAGACUCAGUUUAAAAAUUUAGGAAUUUCUGAUUCAUUUACAGGAUUUGCAAAUUCAUCAACCCUUGAAAACUAAAGCAAACUCAACAGGACAAUAAAAGAAAGAACAUGGGCUUUUUAAGUCCACUAUGUGUCCUCUUCUUCUUCCUUGGAGUUGAAGUAUAUUGCCAAUAUGAAAGUUAUCAAUGGGAUGAUGAUUACGAGCAAGAAGUAGAUGAUGUCUACCAACCAGAAUUCCCAUUUCGUCAAAAUGUAGACUAUGGAGUUCCAUUUCAUCAGCCUAUGUCAGGCUGUGCCAGCGAAUGCUCCUGUCCACUUAACUUUCCAUCAUCGAUGUACUGUGACAAUCGUAAACUCAGGACUAUCCCAAAUAUUCCAGCAUACAUUCAACAGGUCUAUCUUCAGUUCAAUGAAAUUGAGGCUGUGACUUCAGAUUCCUUCGUCAAUGCCACUCAUCUUAAAGAAAUCAACCUCAGCCACAACAAAAUUAAAUCUCAAAAGAUUGAUCAUGGUGUGUUUGCUAAACUGUCGAAUCUACUACAACUUCACCUACAGCAUAACAAUUUAGAAGAAUUUCCAACUCUUCUUCCUAAGUCUUUGGAAAGGAUUCUUCUUGGUUACAAUGAGAUCUCCAGAGUGCAGACAAAUGCCGUGGAUGCGCUAGUAAACUUGACCAUGCUUGAUCUCUGUUAUAAUCAAAUUGAGGAUUCUACGUUACAAGGAAGAAUCUUCUCCAAAAUGGAAAACCUCAUGCAGCUCAACCUAUGUAAUAACAGAUUAGAAUCGAUGCCUCCUGGUUUGCCUUCUUCACUUAUGUAUCUGUCUUUAGAAAAUAAUUCAAUAUCUUCUAUACCAGAAAAGUACUUCAAUGGACUUCCAAAACUUCAUGCUCUAAGAAUGUCACACAACAAACUACAAGACAUCCCAUAUAAUAUUUUUAAUCUUUCCAACCUUAUAGAGCUCAAUGUUGGACACAACAAGUUGAAGCAAGCAUUCUAUAUUCCAAGAAAUUUAGAACAUCUAUACCUAGAAAAUAAUGAAAUUGAAAAUCUCAAUGUCACAGUGAUGUGCCCAACUGUUGACCUGCUAUAUUACCACCAUUUAACAUACAUUCGUGUGGACCAAAAUAAGCUAAAAGAGCCAGUAAGCUCAUACAUUUUCCUCUGCUUCCCUCAUUUACACAGUAUUUAUUAUGGUGAACAGAGAAGCGCUGAUGGUCAAACAAUACAACUGAAGACCCAAGUUUACAGGAGAUUUCCAGAUGAUUCUGAGAGUGAAGAUCACGAUGAUCAUCACGAAGGCCCGGGAGAAGAAGAGAUAGAAGAAAACGCUGACCCUCAUUAUUAUGGAAGUCAAGAAUGGCAAGAAACUAUAUAGGUAUACAUUUAUGACUUCACCUAAUCUUAUUAUUCAAUAUAAAUUUAACUAAAUGUGCAUAGCUCAUAUUAUAUAUGGAAUUGUGUAUCUGUAUAAGAUCAAAUUGAAUUUAGGUUGUUGAUAACAUCUGCAUCAUUACAUAAGAAUAGAACUUACUCAAAAUGAUCAAAGUCUUUAGAAAUGUAAAUUAGAAUGACUAGUGGGAAUCAAACAUUACACUUCAAGUAUAAAACUAUCAUCAUGUUGAGAAAAAAGCAAGUAUGGCAUUUCUACUAAGAGUAAUCUUUCUGAGAAUGAUGAAAGAAGUAGCAUUAGAAGCUAAGAACUGUUAAGACUCACUAUGAGCAUUUCGUGUAUAAAUACUAGGAGGCUCCAUUAAUGUAACAGGCAGCCAUUCAUUUAAGGAAUAGACUAUUUUCUUUGAUACGAUCUCUAGAAAAGCUUUCACACUGUAUUUGAGAUAUCAUCACCAUGACAUCCACCUCCCUGGCCCUACCACUUACAGCGUAGAAUGAUAUUUCUGACUUCAGAAGAAGUGUGGUUUACUAAGGAUCUAAGGCACACAAAUUCAUAAAAUCAACUAGUAUUGUUUUUCUCUCAGAGCACCAAAGCAACAAAAAUUUAAACCCUGCAUUUGGAUAACUAAAAACGCCAAAUCAUCAGAAUUCGUAUUCUAGCAAAUUUCACCAAUUGUACAAAACAAUGUUUUCUGUGUUCCAUUUAAACUGGAAUUUAAAUUUUAUAAAUUAAAUUUUCAUAGUAAAUUCACUAGAGGAAGGUUUUAGUUACAUAAAGACUUGCUAAUAAAUAACUGCUUUGUUUGCAAGGUUAAGUUAAUGAUAGCACAAGAAAGAAUGUCGACAUUAUUAAAUACUUCUAUUUUCCUAGCACAAUAUAUUAGAAACGCAUAUCAGCCAAUGUUUAUAAAACAAUGCUAAAGUCGAACAGAGUUCCUUUGAAAUUUGAAUGGCAGGCUUUGAUGUCUUCUUUAAAGCCUUAAAAAUCACACAUUAGUUAAAGAGUUUUAAGUAUGCCUUAUAAUGAAGAUGAUCUAACUUCUAUGGUGAACUUUCUUGAUUUACCAGGUUAACAUCUCACAGGAUUCCUCAGAUAAGGAAAAAACACAAAUCUGGGACUCCCUACACAGGGAGCCCCCAGAACGAACAGUAACAAUUUAAACAGUCUGCAAACAGACCAGACAGGUAAAACUAUAUUUUAGAAGCAGUUUUCUACUGGUGAGUCUAUUUUACUGGAGACACAGUUUAAAAUGAAGCCUCUAAUGCUCUUCACAUCUUUGAGUAGGUUAUUAGCAAAGAGUAGAAACAGAAAAGCCACCUGACCUCAGCGACAAGCUCAACAAUCCGAAUGAACACAAACAACACUCCAUUUAUUCAUUUAAUUAACAUUCAUCAAGUCAUUCGGCAUGCCGGGCUUGGCAAUGAGAAGUCAAACAGAAUACGUAAGUAGACCUCACACCAGGUGUGAGGGUAAAGGUAAGACAAAAUGCUAGUGAUAUGGGUAAAGCGCAUUGUUAAAAGCGGGAAAAAAUUUUAAGCAUCACCUCUCCCUUUAAGAAAAAUUUUUUAAGUAGGGUUAUAAAUUUAAACAUUUAUUAUGAGCCAGUAUGUGGAAAAUACUGUGGGUGCUGUAGGAGAUAAGAAAGAGAAGAUUAUUUGUUACCCAGAACAAUUUAAAAUUUAAUGAGGAGCCGUCAGGGAAAUGCAAAUCAAAACCACAAUGAGAUACCCCUUCACACUCACAGGAUGGCUAUAAUCAAAAAGACCAAUUAUGAGUGUCAGUGAGGAGGUGCGGAAAGUAAGAUCUACUCGGGAGGAAGUCAGAUGGUGCAGCCGCUUUGGAAAGCAGUCUGGCAGUUCUUCAAAAGGUUAGUUACGUAUGAUGCAGUAACUCCAACCCAGAUACAGACCCAAGAGAACUGACACGUACAUUCACACAAAAAUGUGUACACAAAUGCUCACAGCAGCAGCAUCCAUUAAUAGCCAAAAAGUGGAAACCGCCCAAAUGUCCUUCAGCUGAUGAAAAGAUAAACAAAAUGUGAUAUAUCCACACAAUGGAAUCUCAUUUAAUCAAAAGAAGUAAUGAAGGACCGACACAUGCUACCACAUGGAUGAACCACGAAAAUACGCUAGUGGAAAAUCAGUCACAGAAGACCACCUAUUGUAUGAUUCCACUCACAUGAAAUGUCUAGAACAGGCAAAUCUACAGAUUAUUGGCUGCCUGGGGUUGGGGAGCACGAUAAUAGAGGGAAAGUGGAGAAUGACUAAUAAUGGAUAGAGGAUUCUUGUUGGGUGAUUAAAAUAUUCCAAACUGACUGAUGAUUGUGCAAGUCUGAAAAUACUAAAAACUAUUGAAUUGUACACUUUAAAAGAGUGAAUUGUGUGAGAUGUAAACUAUCUCAAUAAAGCUGUUA